AUGGUAGUGCUGGAUGAACAACAGCGAAUAUACCACGCUACAAAUGACUUGGCCCAGCUAAUCCCGGUUGGUAUUGUCUUUUUAGCUGAUAUACCAGCAGGCUUCGAUUACAAUGGUUUGCCAGCCGAAAAGAGUGAAAAUAGCGACCUCGAAUGGAAAUGGUUUGACGUCAAUAUGUUACCACAUGACUUUUAUAACACGACUAACGAUGUGGUUCGUGACCUACGCUUCCUAGUGACAUACAAGUACUUUGUUUGUACUUAUAAGAUGAUUAAGAUGGGUGAAUUGCGGUUGUGCAAAAUUCGUCUAUAUGCUGCUCCUACUGAUAGACCUUAUUCUCGAACUAUAGAACGCUGGCGUUCAAUGUUUCGAGGCCAUUCUACCUUCCAAAAGACGUUUGUAAAAUCUUGGUCUCGUGUCGCUAAUGUUACUGAUUUUAACCAGAGUCAAUGGCAUCUGGAACUGGUCUUAGUUCCUACUAUACUAGUACCGGUGUCUACUCAAUUGUCACUUCCGACUUCAACAUCCAAUUAUCACAUGGAACGCUGGCGAAACAGAUGGCAGUUUUCUUUUCCGCUUCCUCUGAAAAAUAUCGAGUCUUUGCAAUCACAACUCCAGCAGCUAUACAGUUCCAUCAAGUCUCCAGACUUGUCAAAGUACAAGAAAGUCGUCCAAGUUUUUUCCAACCAACCGCCAAGUCAUGAACAGACGAUUGCGAAACUAGUCAAAGCAGCUGAAGAUGGUCCGGUUGUGGUGCCUGGUGUGAAAUCGGCCCUUUAUCCAUUCCAAGUUCGCUCUCUUUGCAAAAUGUACGAAAAGGAAUCUGAGCCUUCAGUGGAUACUCUACCUAGCUUCAUUGAGAUACAGAGUCCAGUGAACGGCCAAGUUUACUACUUUGACUGUCUGAAUAACAAAUUUUGUCUCGAGCCGGAUCUCUUCUCACUUCCUAGAGGAGGAAUACUUGCGGAGAAUAUGGGGCUCGGUAAAACUCUCAUAUGUCUCAGUUUGAUAUCUUUAACGAAACACGAAAUAUCCAAAGUUCCAGAAGAUGUAAUGGUGUAUGAAGACGAAAGCGAUGGCCAGAUAUCUCUGAUAAAAUCAUUGGUUGAGAUUUCUAGAGACACUGUUAACAAGUCUUCCAUCCCAUGGAAAUAUUACUGGGACGACUUACCGCCUUCGGUGAGACAUUACAUGAACUCAUUGCCGGGUCAUUUCAAAAUAUCGCUUUUCGAUACUACAUCUAACAUCAAUAACAGAAUGACGAGAAAUGAAACCUAUAGACAAGAGACCCUCGAUUCAAAUAUUCAUGGAGAAGGUGUCGUCUAUAAAACCCUUUACAAGUGCUCGACGACUUUGGUGGUUGUUCCAGAUAACCUAUUUCACCAGUGGAAUGACGAAAUGAAACUUCAUCUUCACCAAUCUUAUCUCAAAGUGCUUUUUGUGCUUAGUCAAUUCCAGAAAAAGCAUGUCACGACGCUGGCUACAUUUCAAAACCUGAUCCCUUCUGACCCACUCCAGCUUCUAAGCUACGAUAUGAUAUUGAUAUCGUCUUCAGUACUAGCUAGGCUGUUGGACAUGAUGGAGAUGGAGGAAAAUCCAAUAUUUAAAGUGUACUGGAAGAGGCUUAUAGUUGAUGAGGGACAUUCCAUGAACUCCAAGAAUUCCCGAGUGAGUCAACUAUGCAAAGAAUUGUACGCUGAACGACGAUGGGCUGUUACUGGAACGCCCACCUCAGGCAUGACAAGACUCCAGAUGGAUGAAGAAGAGGGAGAUGAUGAUAUUUUGGCCAGCCCCACGAAGAAGAAUAGGUAUACCAUAAAGAACAAGUUCAAUGCCAAGGAUGAUCUCUCCAAGCUAGGAGUGACCAUUGGUAGUUUUUUGAAAGUUGAACCUUUUCAUUCACAACCAAAGUAUUGGGCUAACAGUGUCAUCAAGCCUAUGAUAUCCAACAACUCUCAGUCUAGGGUGAGUCUUUAUCAGCUCUUGAAUGCACUAGUCGUUCGACAUGACUUACGAGAAGUUGAAAAAGAGGUAGAGUUACCUCCUUUACGACAUGUUCCUGUAUUUUUGGAGCCGUCCUUCCACAACACCUUAUCCAUUAAUUUGUUCACAGCGGUAUUGGCGGUCAAUGCAGUGACGUCAGAAAGAACUGACUCAGACUACAUGUUUCAUCCUAGCAAUAGGCAACAGUUGCGUCGAUUAGUAACCAAUAUGCAACGAGCAACGUUCCAUUGGACUGGUUUCAAACCAGAUGAUAUCAAGACCUUGAUAGAUAUUUGCAAGACUGCGCUUUCCAAGACUACAGAAACUGGCUCAAAAAUCUAUAAUAAUGAAGACACUCGUUUAUUGGAGAAAUCCUUAGAGAUAUCGAAGAAAGCCUUGUUGAAUGGACGAUGGAGAACUCUGGCAUUGUUACAUGAAAUGUGUUACUACGUUGAAGGACUCCCAGAUAUAUUCACAAGGGUCUUUGGUACGGGUGCUCUCGAACGAAUGGAUAUUAAUGGCGAAGAAGAUGAUAUUAGCGUUUUCGGUGCUCCUCAUUUACAUUGUGUUCAGGAAUUCUUUUACAAGAAUCGAUUUAUGAACUUUGCAAACCAAGAGAUGGUUGAAGAGAAGCUUAAAGCAUUGGCAAAACCGUUUUGGGAGAACUACUGGGUUGACGUUGCCAAGCGAAAUUCUGAAAGAUUCAACAAGUUGGAUGCAAAUCAGCAUUUCAAGGUGAUGAACGACCUGACUAAUACCUUUUCUGAUUCCUUGAAUGGCAAGGGCCAGAAGUCGGCGUCCACCUCCCCAUUGAGAAAGAAGAAUCUUGACCUCUCAAAUACUCAACUUCGUCCAGAAGAUAAGAUAUUGGAGGCACGAGAAGUGCAUUCAAGCGUAUCAAAUUAUCAGUCAAACUUAAACUUCAAUCACAUUAAACGGGCUCGAAUACUUGGAACUGCCUCCUCUAAACUUUCAUACCUUGGAGCCCGUCUUUUGGAGAAUCGAAGAGAAGGUAUCAAAUCAUUGGUAUUCUUUGAAUUUGAAGACAGUGCAUAUUACUUAUCUGAACUUUUAGAUGUUAUGGGAAUUGAGUAUAUUUUAUAUGCUACUUUCAUAAACCCAGCAGAAAGAGCAACAAAUCUCACCAAGUUUAGCACUUUUCCCCAAGGACCUGAUAAUGGUAUUACCUUAAUAAUGGACAUCAACCUCGCAGCUCACGGUUUGAAUAUAACUGCAGCCACUCACGUUUAUUUCACAAGUCCAGUAUGGCUGAGGUCAGUAGAAGCCCAAGCAAUCAAAAGGGCACAUAGAAUUGGACAAACGAAAGCCGUGAGGGUCGAAACGCUUAUAUUGAAAAAUACUCUUGAAGAGGAAAUUUACCGCAAGCGAUCACAAGAGACAGAAGAGAACGAUCGAGAACAAAAAUAUGUCAUAGAUGAUACAGGCAUGCAAGAGUUUAUUCUCAAACACAGAUUUCUCAGCCAGCAGGAAACUGAUCUUGAGUACUCACCUUUCGUUGCACCAUUAACAAAUUCUGAAUAUAAUAUUGCUGAAAAAAUCUUCGAAGAUGCAUUGGAAAACCACACCGAUUUUAUUGAUGACGGGCUUAGAAAUUGGAUGGUGUACUUGUUCACUGAGUCAAACUUGUCAAAGAUGAACAGCGCCAAAAAUACAAAACUUAAUAAGGAAUUUGUGCGGGAUCAGUUUUUGAAAAGGUUUAUGGAAGAAGCACCAGCGGCAGAUGAGACAAUUGAUGAAAAACGAACCCAGGGCAGAUUACAACCUUCCCGGAAAAAGGUCAGAUUCUAA